AUAUAAGCAAGGUUUGGACAAAAAGCAAUAGAACUCGUGUCUGCCGAACUCUUUUUCCGAACGGUUUUUUUUUCUGGUUCCGCCGCACUGGCGCGCAGCGCGCAGAACCGCUGCUCUUUUCACACCACCUCAACAAAGUGUGUUGCACCCCAGCACAACACGCCCGAUUUCACCACCCCAACUUUGGAGCCCCGGUCAAACGCCUUCCCGUCUGCUGGCGGGACAUGUCUGCUGCUGGGAGUGCCUCCCAGGGGCUCAAACGCAAGAAUUUCAACGUUUCGGAGAGAGAAGAGGUGGUACGCUACCUUCUCGCCGACAGCGAAGACGGGGUUCGGCAGCAUGGUUCGUACCACAGAGCCGCGGAGAAGUACGGGUGCCAUUGGGAGACCAUAAAGAGGAUUUGGCAGAAGCACGAGAAGCGGGAGGAAUCUGGAGAUCCUAGUUUGUACAUUGGGAACGACCGCAAGGGCCAUUCCGGCUGCAAGGGCAUCGAUAUUGAGAACCUACGUGCCCGCCUCCUUGAGAUUCCGCUGAACGAACGCACGACACAGCGCCGCCUGGCCGCGGCGCUCGGGAUUCCCAAAUCCACACUGCACAACAACCUCAAGGCGCUUGGAUUGAGAGCGCAGUACCCCGUAUCCGACGAGGCGUGGCUGAAAGGGACGGCGGCACUCGCGGCGCUGGAGGGGCAAGGGGGGGCCGCAGGAGGGCGAGGGGGGGCCGCAGGAGGGCGAGGGGGGGCUGCAGGAGGGCGAGGGGGGGCUGCAGGAGGGCGAGGGGGGGCUGCAGGAGGGCGAGGGGGGGCUGCAGGAGGGCGAGGGGGGGCUGCAGGAGGGCGAGGGGGGGCUGCAGGAGGGCGAGGGGGGGCUGCAGGAGGGCGAGGGGGGGCUGCAGGAGGGCGAGGGGGGGCUGCAGGAGGGCGAGGGGGGGCUGCAGGAGGGCGAGGGGGGGCUGCAGGAGGGCGAGGGGGGGCUGCAGGAGGGCGAGGGGGGGCUGCAGGAGGGCGAGGGGGGGCUGCAGGAGGGCGAGGGGGGGCUGCAGGAGGGCGAGGGGGGGCUGCAGGAGGGCGAGGGGGGGCUGCAGGAGGGCGAGGGGGGGCUGCAGGAGGGCGAGGGGGGGCUGCAGGAGGGCGAGGGGGGGCUGCAGGAGGGCGAGGGGGGGCUGCACGAGGGCGAGGGGCGGCUGCAAGAGGGCAGGGAGGGGCGGCUGCUGCAGGGCAGGGAGGGGGGGCUGCAGGGGGGCCAGGGGCGGCGUAGAAUGAGGUGGUUGCGGUGUACUCCGGAGUAUGCAGUAGAUCGUGUGACCGAGAAGUAGCAGGGAGCGGCUGCAGUGGGGCAAGGGGCGGCCGAUUACGGUUUCGCCGGACUGUGUAAACGGAGACGGCUGCCAUGGAGUAGAGUUGUUUGGCUACCGAGGCUGAUGGGCAGGCGCAGAAACAGGCAGCAGGUUCGGGGCGCGGGUCAUGUUGGUUUUCUAUGAUGACGUGAACACGGGGAUGAUAAUUAACCAUCCCCUCCCUUUUCGUGAUGCUCCAUGUUUUUUCAUCCAAAAAGUGGCGUUAUGUCUAAUUCUAGCUCUUCGAAGUACUUUCAUCACACUGGACAGAUAUUACGUCCUGUCGCUGGGUAUGCCAAAAUUCCGCCUUUUCCCGGACCAGGGGAUGGUAACGCACCAUCCCCCCCCCAUCGAGCGGAUUUUUUUUUUUUCUCUCUCCAAUGUCAUAUGUGAUCGUUUGCCAAAGUUGUCCGACGUCCACCGUGCCCAAAUGGCACGUUUCCGUCAAUAUUCUUCAAACCUUGCUUAUAUUCCCGGAUUUCCA